CUCAUUAUUUACUGCAUUGCCCAGUGCCAUUAGCAAAUCGCCCGCAUACCGUCAAGGCGUCAACAAAACAAAAGGAAACCCAACGGCCUCUUGGCAUCAUUUGCAUCGGCUCCCGUUCCUCCUCCUACCUUGUAGGACGACUCCAAAGAGCAAAAGUGAGGAGGAAGAUGAAUGGCAAUGGAUAUGAUAAGCGCUCGUGGAAGAAGAAGCGGCGAAGGCAGACGGAGGGGUUCGAGGCUGUGGCCAUGUACUGGGCGAGGGCGAAGAAGGACGGCAAGUUUGGUCUCAGCUACCUUGACAACCAGGUCUUCUCUUGGUCUGUCAGCGACAUCUUCGACAGGGAUCUCCUCAGGAAAAAGGUCAAGCGGAUACCGGAUACUUUCACGUCAUUUGAGAGUUACUUGGAUUCGUUUACUUGGCCGCUGAUUGAAGAAGUACAUGCUGAUGUAUUCUCAUCGCUAGAUGGUUAUUCUGAGGCAAACUUUAUAGAAGUAACACAGGUGGGAAAUCUUGAUGCUAGUAAACCAAUACUCGGUUUUCGAGUUGCAGAACCAGUGAAGGAUGAGAAGUCAAGGGAGACAUAUGUACCAGUGGAGAAUGAUAUAAUUGUCCUGUCCUCACAUAAGCCAAGGCAUGUGUCUGAUUUGACACAAAACAAGUCAUCAUUUGUGUUAGGUUCGGUAAUUAAAACUGGAGAAGAAGAUGGGUUCCCUCCGGACUGGUGUGUUGUUCACUUGUCAUCUGCCAUUCUCGUUGAGGCAGACUGUCAUACAAAAAUUCCAAAAAGGCCACUGUUUCUUGUGUUCCUUAUAAAUAUGAAGACAUACAAUCGCAUAUGGAGAUGCCUUCAUUUGGGACAAAAUUGUAGUAAUCUCUUUGAGCUUCAGAACAAAAAGAGUAGUGGUCCCGUAACUAAGGCGUGGGAGUUCAAGCCAAAGGUGUGUUGGUCCUAUGCACACAAACCCGCGGAAGCGGAAAGUUCCCAAUGCUCCCAACCAUCUCAAUGUUUUGAUGGUAGGUUGAUUGAAUGGCUUGGCCUUGAGAAAUUCGGUCUAAAUGAUUCACAGUUGAAUGCAGUGUCAGAUUGUGUAUCAUUAAUGGAUAGCAACUCUUCAUCUAUAAAGCUAUUAUGGGGUCCCCCUGGGACAGGUAAAACUAAAACUAUCAGCUCUAUAUUAUGGGCCAUGCUCAUCAAGGGCAGGAGGACACUUGCCUGUGCACCUACGAAUACUGCUGUGUUAGAGAUUGCGGCUCGGAUCGUCAAUCUAACUGCGAAGUCUUCAGAUGGCACCGUCUUCCUGAAUGACAUUGUUCUGUUUGGAAACAAAAAGAAGAUGAAGAUAGAUAAUGACUAUUAUCUUUCAAAGGUGUAUCUUAACUCUCGUGCUGAGCGCCUGUUGCCAUGCUUCAAGUCAAAUACAGGCUGGAGGCAUUGUUUAUGCGUGCUGAUAGAUCUUCUUGUCAAUUCUGUGACCAAGUACCAGUUGAACAAUGAGGAUAAAACAUUCAAACAACAUUUGAAAGAUGAUUACAAUAAACUUUCUCGGAAUUUACAUAGUUACAUAACUAUACUAUACAAUGAUCAUCCAAGAAACCUGGAAACAGGACAGAGCUUUCAAUGUAUGCUGGAGGUCCGUGAGUUGCUCAAAAUUCUUCACACUUUGAUAAAUGCUGGUAAUGGUGGUGAUAUAUGGAGCGAUGAACUGCUCAGAAGCACUAUAGAAGAGGAGGUCAACCCUGAGCUUUGGCCUUCACAGCUAGCCUGCAUACGGACCAACUCAUGCAAUAAAUCCAAGUUUGUGGCUGCAAGAUCUUUGUGUCUGCAAGAAUUAAUAUAUCUUUGUAAGAACAUGGAGCUCCCAAAUUGUUACAGUGCACAAGAUGUUCGACUAUACCUGCUGUCAAGAACUAGAUUGAUUAUCUGUACAGUUUGUAGCUCAUUCAAGUUGUACAAUAUACCUAUGAGAAAUUCUUCUCCAAGUUUACAUCAGCUGCUAAACAAACCCAAAAUAUUGAUUCCUCUGGAGUUGCUGAUAAUUGAUGAGGCUGCUCAGCUCAAAGAGUGUGAAACCUUAAUUCCUCUGCAGUUGCCUGGCAUAAGGCAUGCUGUUCUCAUCGGCGAUGAGUAUCAAUUACCUUCCCUUGUGAAGAGCAAAAUAUCUGAUAGUGCUAACUUUGGACGAAGUGUUUUUGAGAGGUUGAGUUCCCUAGGCUAUAGUAAGCACCUUCUCAAUAUCCAGUACAGGAUGCAUCCAGACAUUAGCAGGUUUCCAGUUGGUACAUUUUAUGAUGGCAAGCUAUCUGAUGGCCCCAAUGUCAGUCACAAGGACUAUAAUAAGAUGUUUUUAGCAGGAAAACUGUUUAGGCCAUAUUCAUUUAUAAAUAUUGAUGGCAGCCAUGAAACAAAUGAAAUGCAUGGUCGGAGCCUUAAAAACUCAUUAGAAGUCGAUGCAGUUGUGAUGAUAGUGCAGAGUUUGUUAAAAGAGACGCUUUCUACACGAAGCAAGCUUUCUAUUGGUGUUGUGUGUCCAUACAAUGCUCAAGUUAGAGCUAUACAGGAAAAGGUUGGGAAGCCCUGCAGGAAGUAUGAUUAUUUCUCAGUGAAAGUAAAAUCUGUGGAUGGUUUCCAAGGCGCGGAGGAAGAUAUAAUUAUCAUAUCAACAGUCAGGAGUAAUGGAGCUGGUACAGUUGGGUUUCUAUCAAACUUACAGAGGACUAACGUGGCUCUAACAAGGGCCAAGCAUUGCUUAUGGAUUGUGGGGAAUGGAACCACUCUGUUCAACAGCAAUUCCGUUUGGCAGAAGAUCGUCAAGGACACAAGAGAUAGAGGUUGUUUUUUUAAUGCCACUGAUGAGAAAGAGUUGCUGAAUGCAAUUUUCAAGCCUGCUGUUGAGUAUCCUCAUGCUGACAAUUUAGCUAAACAUGAGCAACACGGACAGAAUAUAUCCGACUUAUCAGCUACUGACACAAUUCAGCAACUUGCAUGUCAGUUUACCCCUGGAAGUGAUCUCCCACCAAAGUUCUCUAUCACACUCAAUGUUGGUUAUACUACAAGAAAAUUCAGUUCAUCAAGCACCCUGCUUAACAGCUCUCCUUUGCAACUCACAGCAACAGCGGUACCAAACGCAGAACCAGCUUCUCAUGGCUCUUCAGCUACUGGAGCAGUUGAAUUGCCUGUAACCGAAGAUGGGCGCUUGGUUGAUGGGAAAAUCUCCUUUCAGAAUACUGUGAGGAGCACUUUGAUCAGAAUCGACCACGACCCUAGACUUGCAUUUGACUUUCUGGCAGUAGCAACUACACGGGAGCAAGCAGCACCUCUUACCCGGGAGCAGUUUAAGAAGCAUGACAGAAUGGUCGAAUCUCCUGCUCCAGUUACCGCUGAGGGUUCGGAAUGCUGCAUCAGACUCAAUGAACAGGAGCAAGUAGCACCUCCUACCAAGCUGCAAUCGAAGAAGCGUGGUAGAAAUGUUAAAGAUCCUGCUGCAGCUACUACAGGGGCUUUGAAAUGCAGCAUCGGACUCGAUGAAAUAGCUACCCGCCAGCAAGCAGCACCUCCUACUCCUGAGCAAUCUAAGAAGCGUGGUAGAAAGAGCGAACCUCUUCCUCAAGUUAUCACAGAGGGUUUGAGACGCAGCAGCCGACUUAGUGAAAAAGGCAAGCACCAUCAAGUAGCGCCGUCUCAGGAGCAAGCCAAGAAGCAUGGUAGAAAGGGAGCGACACUUUCUCCAGUUACCACAGAGGCCCUGAGACGCAGCAGCAGACUGAAUGAAAAGGGCACGCAUCAGCAGAUAGCGCUUUCUAUCCCAGAGCAAGCUAAGAAGUGUGGUAGAAAGGCCAAAAGGCUUCCUCGAGUAACCAUAGAGGGUUUGAAACGCAGCAAAAGAAUGAGUAGAAACAACAGCGAAGAAUUGGCUGAUGUGGAUUGCAAUCCAUAAAUGGCAAGGAAGCGACGCCUACCUGCCGAGUGCCGACUACAUCAAAGGAGGUUACAACAGAAUUGUAUAGGUUGGGACAUGUCUGCAGCAAGCAACAUGAUCGACCCUUCUCGCACUACAGGAAACUGGUUAAAGAACGUGGGUGAAAAACCGUCAAACUUAAUGUAAUAGGCCGUCGAACUUACCGUAAGAACGUGGGUUUACCGACGAAUAUAGCCGACGGCGAUUUUUGGACGAA